GGGCAGUUUGGCAAACGAAAGGAGAUUUCCAGAGCUUUCCUCAUUUUCAUCAGCUACAAGAUGAGCUUUGGAAUCCUCAGAAGGGCUUCACAAACGCGUCAUCGUCCAAACACAAAGCAACUGCCGUCACUUCUUUCCCUACUAUUUUCACGCUCGUUCUCUCAGCUUUGCUCGCAAUCCCAACGGCCUUCUUUUGGUAUUGCGUUCGACAUCGACGGUGUCGUUUUGCGCGACCACACUCCCAUCGGAGGAUCCCCACUAGCUUUGAGAAGGUUAUAUGAUGACUCUGGUGCUUUGAAGAUUCCUUAUGUUUUCUUGACAAAUGGAGGUGGUUUUCGUGAAUCCAAAAGAGCUUUAGAGUUAAGUGAACUCUUGGGUGUAAAAAUUUUGCCAUCACAGGUGUUACAGGGCCAUUCUCCUUUUAGACAGCUAGUGAAUAGAUAUGAGAAUGAAUUCAUUGUAGCCGUUGGAAAAGGUGAACCUGCUGCAGUGAUGUUUGAAUAUGGAUUUAAAAACGUGAUGUCGAUAGAUGAAUAUGCAUCCUGCUUUGAUGACAUUGAUCCACUGGCAAAAUACAAAAAAUGGACAACUAAGCUGGUUACUAAUCAAAGUAGCAGUUUUGAGCAGAUAGCUCCAAGAAAGAGUGUUUACUCGCAGAGAGUUCAGGCGGCAUUUAUUGUCAGCGAUUCUGUUGACUGGAGCAGAGACAUUCAGGUCCUCUGUGACAUUUUAAGAACCGGAGGUCUUCCUGAAAGGGAAAUUGGACACCAACCACCUCUAUAUUUUGCACAUGAUGACCUUAAAUACCAGGCUACUUUUCCUUCUGAACGUCUUGGCAUGGGAGCUUUCAGAAUUGCAUUAGAAUCCAUUUUCAAUAGAAUUCACCCUAAUGCUCUGGAGUAUACAUCUUUCGGGAAGCCAAAUCCAUUUGUAUUCAAGAAUGCUGAAACUUUACUAAAGCAACUUGCAUCAUCUCUUGACCAUGAACUACCUCUUGUGAACCAUGCAAUUGAUGAAAGUCAUUUCAAGACACUAUAUAUGAUAGGAGAUAAUCCUUCAGUUGACAUCAAAGGUGCACAGCAGGCAGGACAUCCCUGGUUUUCCAUUCUGACUAGGACGGGGGUUUUUAAGGGAAAGGAAAAUGAUGCCGAUUUUCCAGCAGACCUGGUUGUUGACACCGUAGAAGAAGCAGUGGACUAUAUUUUGAGAAAGGAGUGCACCUCAUUAAAUUUAUAGAUCCGUUACUUGUCCUCAAGGUUUGAAUUUUUUUUACUGGUGAUCGAGAGAUAUAUGGAGGAAGCAGUCUAGGUCUAGGAAUGUUAUCUAAACUAAACAACGAUGACCUACCUAGUUCCUGCUAGUUUUGCAUAAUCUGAUCAACUCAUUUUGUUAACCAUUUUCAAAUAUUUUCUGUAAUGACAUUGAUUCAUAAAAAAUUAUUCAUUUAUUUAAAGGACUUUCUUUCUUUC